AUGAUGAAGAAGCAAGUGACAAUAGUGGCGGCUCUUCUGAUUCUGAUGGCUUUAUCUUCCAACUUGGAUAUGGUGGCUGAGGCUCAACUAGGUCCCGGAGACUGUUACGACGGUUGCUCCACCGCCUGCGUCCAACGUGACUCGAGAAAGACGUCUCGAUGCGAUCGCAAGUGCUCCAUUCGGUGCGGCCCAGAUGCUAAAAAGGAAAGAGAGACUGGUGCUUAA